CGGUUCCUCCCCCAUCACUGUUUCCUCCCGAAGCUCCUUUCGGGAAAAGGAGGGGAGAAGGAUUUGGAAGAUGGGGCAGAGCGAAAGCCCCUACAGGUGUUAGCCGGAACGGCCGGCCGGGGACUUGGGGGGUGGGUGGGAGGGGCGGCCUGCGGCUCUGAGCCCGCGGACUCUGCUCUGGGAGGGAGGGGCCGUCGCCGGAGGGGGCUGCAGUGAGGCUGUCGCGCUGUUCCGGAGGGUGCCUGCGGCGGCUGAAUUCCUGUGCUGCGACUGUGCCGCGCCCAGAGCAACAGCAACAGCGAAGAUGCGAGGCCAUUACCUGUUUGAUCCCCGUCGGAAAGCUGGCACGGGCCAACUUUUCCCGAUUAUCAAGCCAAGAAGUUGCAAGGACUAGUCGAAGACUCGGAGGGGCCAGGGUGAGGGCGCGCUCCCCCGCGCGCUGCCUCCUCCCUCCUCCCUCCGGCCGCGGGAGCUGAGCUCCCGGCCUCUCCCGCCCGCGCUCACUCCCUCCGCCCGCCUCCCUCCUCUGGCCCCCUCCACGCGGCACAGGGCGGGGGGUGCCGCGAAACUCCGACCCAAGCCACUUGGACUUGCACAGUGUCCUCGGGGCGCAGGGGCCGAGCGCAGGCAGUCGCGCAGCUUUGCCUCCGCCUGCCAGUCUCGCCCGCGAUCCCGGCCCGGGGCUGUGGCGUCGACUCCGACCCAGGCAGCCAGCAGCCCGCGCGGGAGCCGGACCGCCGCCCGAGGAGCUCGGACGGCAUGCUGAGCCCCCUCCUUGGCUGAAGCCCGAGUGCGGAGAAGCCCGGGCAAACGCCAGCUAGGGAGACCGAGGCGGCCAAGUCGCGAGACAGCGGACGAGCAGCGGAGGAGAAGGAGGAGGAGGUGAACCCAGAGAGGGGCAGCAAAAGAAGCGGUGGUGGUGGGCGUCGUGGCCAUGGCGGCGGCUAUCGCCAGCUCGCUCAUCCGUCAGAAGAGACAAGCCCGCGAGCGCGAGAAAUCCAAUGCCUGCAAGUGUGUCAGCAGCCCCAGCAAAGGCAAGACCAGCUGCGACAAAAACAAGUUAAAUGUCUUUUCCCGGGUCAAACUCUUCGGCUCCAAGAAGAGACGCAGAAGAAGACCAGAGCCUCAGCUUAAGGGUAUAGUUACCAAGCUAUACAGCCGACAAGGCUACCACUUGCAGCUGCAGGCGGAUGGAACCAUUGAUGGCACCAAAGAUGAGGACAGCACUUACACUCUGUUUAACCUCAUCCCUGUGGGUCUGCGAGUGGUGGCUAUCCAAGGAGUUCAAACCAAGCUGUACUUGGCAAUGAACAGUGAGGGAUACUUGUACACCUCGGAACUUUUCACACCUGAGUGCAAAUUCAAAGAAUCAGUGUUUGAAAAUUAUUACGUGACAUAUUCAUCAAUGAUAUACCGUCAGCAGCAGUCAGGCCGAGGGUGGUAUCUGGGUCUGAACAAAGAAGGAGAGAUCAUGAAAGGCAACCAUGUGAAGAAGAACAAGCCUGCAGCUCAUUUUCUGCCCAAACCACUAAAAGUGGCCAUGUACAAGGAGCCAUCACUGCAUGAUCUCACGGAGUUCUCCCGAUCUGGAAGCGGGACCCCAACCAAGAGCAGAAGUGUCUCUGGCGUGCUGAAUGGAGGCAAAUCCAUGAGCCACAAUGAAUCAACGUAGCCAGUGAGGGCAAAACAAGGGCUCUGUAACAGAACCUUACCUCCAGGUGCUGUUGAAUUCUUCUAGCAGUCCUUCACCCAAAAGUUCAAGUUUGUCAGUGACAUUUAUGAAACAAACAGGCAGAGUUCACUAUUCUAUCUGCCAUUAGACUUUCUUAUCAUUCAUACGAAAGCCCCAUUAUUUAGAUUGAGCUUGUGCAAAAGAAUGCCAAGCAUUUCAGUGAACUAAGUCUGGGAGAAGGACUGCCAAAUUUUCACAUGAUCUCACCUAUACUUUUGGGAUCACAAACCAAAACUAUUUCACAGCACUAAUGCUGAUUAAAAUUUGCUCUCCCACCAAGAAAAUUUAAAAGACCACAGUUUUCUUCAAAAAACAAAACAAAACAUAACGUAACAAAAUUAACUGCUUAAAUGUUUUGUCGGGGCAAACAAAAUUAUGUGAACUGUGUUGUUUUCUUGGCUUAAUGUUUUCUAUCUACGCUUGAUUCAUGUGUACAUUUUCUUUGGCAUAGUGCAACUUUAUGAUUUCUGAAAUUCAGUGGUUCUAUUGACUUUUUGUGUCACUUAAUCCAAAUUAACCAAAUUCAGGGUUGAAUCUGAAUUGGCAUCUCAGGCUCAAGGUAACAGUGUUCUUGUGAUUUUACCAAUCUUUUUUUUUUUUUAGAUUUGUAGCAUUGUGGUCAAGUUACUGUGCUGUACUUUGUGAGUAGAAAUUGAGUUGUACUGUCAACCUGUCAGUAAAAAUAACUUAAAAAAUUAUCAUCAAGUGUAGAUUUCUCUUAAUUCCAUUUGUGUAUCAUGUUAAACUACUGGUGUGGCUUCUUGUGUAAAGACAGGAACUGUGGAACUGUGAUGUUGUCUUUUGUGUUGUUAAAAUAAGAGAUGUCUUAUCUAUAUAUGUAUGAGUCCUUCUGUCAUAUUUGGCACAUGAAUAUUGUGUACAAGGAAAUAUUAAGACUGGUUUUCCCUCAACAACAUAUAUUAUACUUGCUACUGGAAAAGUGUUUAAGAAUUAGCUAGGUUUCCAUUUAGAUCUUCAUAUCUGUUGCAUGGAAGAAAGUUGGGUUCUUGGCAUAGAGUUGCAUGAUAUGUAAGAUUUUGUGCAUUAAUAAUUGUUUAAAUCUGUGUUCCAAAAGUGGACAUAGCAUGUACAGGCAGUUUUCUGUCCUGUGCACAAAAAGUUUAAAAAAGUUGUUUAAUAUCUGUUGUUGUAUACCCAAAUACGCACCGAAUAAACUCUUUAUAUUCAUUCAAAGAA